AUGGAACUGGUCAAUAUAGAUACAAGUGGAUAUUUAAUAUUUUUUCUGCUUUGCUCUGGACCAUACAUUGUUGGCGCUUCAAAAGAUUUGGCUUUAAAACAAACCGCUACACAAAGCUCAACGUACAUCGCUGAAUAUUCUGCCGAUAGAGCCGUUGAUGGAGUCCUCGGAGUUGAUGUAUCGGAUGGACACUGUUCCCACACAGGUUCAGGUCACCAACAAGCCUGGUGGAAGGUUGACCUGGGACAGAUUUACCGGAUACAGACGAUCAACAUCACAUACAGACGUAGUCAAACAGCUCGUCUUAAAGGCUACAGUCUUUAUGUAACAAACAACACAGCUAUGACACAGUCUGAUGGGUCUAUCAAUGAACAGUUAGGCUAUUUGUGUUACCAUGACGCUGAUUCGAGGACACCGACGUAUAAUCAGUCACGACAGUGUCACGUUGAUGGGAGAUACGUCGUGUUCUACAACCACAGAACGUACGGAGACGCAUAUAUUGAGUUAUGUGGUGUUCAAGUUUACGGAUGUCCCACCGGUAGGUUUGGGUUUAACUGUAGUGACACCUGUCACUGUCAGACUGGUGGGUGUAACCCUGACACGGGGCAAUGUAACGUCACCGGGUGUCAGGCUGGCUGGAUGGGACUAUCAUGCAGUCUCCGAUGUCACUGUAACUUGGGAAGAGCCUGUGAUAUAGAUACAGGGGCCUGUAGUGGAGGAUGUCAAUCCGGAUGGUCGGGACGCAGCUGUAUGGUAGGACCGCAUAAAUGGAAUCUGGCAUAUAAUAAGUACACCCGACAGAGUACCACAAAUGGAGUCUAUAGAUCAGACAUAGCUGUUGACGGUGUUAUUACCGCGGAUGCAGGACGUCACGGAAGCUGUUCACAUACAUGCCCAGAAGGACAUGAUGAGGCCUGGUGGUAUGUCGAUCUUGGAGGAGAAAAAAGGAUCGGGAUUAUUAAUAUAAUAUACAGACAAAACUACCCCUUCCGAAUGUCCGGGUUUUAUCUCUAUAUAUCAAACAGUUCCUAUACUAACUCCCAAGCGCUGAGUCGAGACGUUUUAUGUUACCAUGACCACGGACCCGGUCUGCCCUCCUACAUUCAGUCACUAUCAUGUCCAGUCUCAGGUCGAUACGUCAUAUUCUACAACAAACGUCCUGCUGACUACGAGCCCUUCAAUCGCACGUUUUAUUCGGAGUCAAAUGCAGUCAUUGAACUAUGCGAAGUACAGGUACUUGGAGCCUGUGAGCGAGGUAAAUUUGGACAAGACUGUAGUCAGAGUUGUCACUGUGCCUCAUCUGACUGUAACCAAAUGACGGGAACUUGUCUUGUUCCGAGAUGUUCUGCUGGCUGGAUGGGUAAUUCUUGUGACCAAGCCUGUGAGCGAGGUAAAUUUGGACAAGACUGUAGUAAGAGUUGUCAUUGUGCCUCACCUGACUGUCACCAAAUGACGGGAACUUGUCUUGUUCCGGGAUGUUCUGCUGGCUGGAUGGGUAAUUCUUGUGACCAAGCCUGUGAGCGAGGUAAAUUUGGACAAGACUGUAGUAAGAGUUGUCAUUGUGCCUCACCUGACUGUCACCAAAUGACGGGAACUUGUCUUGUUCCGGGAUGUUCUGCUGGCUGGAUGGGUAAUUCUUGUGACCAAGUCUGUGAACGAGGUAAAUUUGGACAAAACUGUAGUCAGAGUUGCCACUGUGCCACAUCCGAUUGUCACAAAAUGACGGGAGAGUGUCUUAUCCUGGGAUGUUCUACUGGCUGGAUGGGUAAUUCUUGUGACCAAGGACGAACGGUGUCUGUACUUUACCUGGCUGUAGGGAAGGAUGGAUGGGUAGCACAUGUAGCCAAGCGUGUACCGGCAAAAUGUUUGGACGAGACUGUAACAAAACCUGUCAUUGUGCUAACUCUGACUGUGACAGGAGGAGUGGGGUAUGUAGUAUACCAGGAUGUACUGAAGGUUGGACAGGGAGUACCUGCAGUCAAGAAUGUGGCAGCAAUUCAUUUGGACGAGACUGUAACCAGACCUGUCACUGUGCCUACUCUGACUGUGACAGGAGGAGUGGGACAUGCACCAUACAUGGAUGUACGGAAGGUUGGAUGGGAAGUAAAUGCAAUCAAG